AUGGAGAGCCGAGGUGCUCCCUCGAGGUUGCUCGAGGAACCACCACCAGGACCCGACCAGCGACUACUCAAUAAUACUGACGCGGCGGUGACAACCGAGAGAGAAGCUGGUCAUAACACCAAGAACCUGGAUAAGAGGAGCCUCGAAUAUGUUCUGCGCUCUGGGUUUGCAGGUGGGCUGGCAGGAUGCGCGGCCAAAACAGUCGUUGGUCCCCUCGACCGAGUCAAGAUCCUUUUCCAGGCCUCGAAUCCCCAAUUUGCAAAAUAUACGGGCAGUUGGUUCGGCGUGGUGACGGCAAUGCGGGAUAUCAAUCGGCAAGACGGGCUUCGAGGACUGUUUCGAGGACACUCGGCGACACUCCUCCGAGUCUUUCCUUACGCCGGAAUCAAGUUUCUCGCCUACGAGCAGAUAAGAGCCGUGGUCAUACCGGACAAAGCCCAUGAGAUUCCCUCCCGUCGCUUCGUGUCUGGGUCGUUGGCGGGUAUCACUUCGGUCUUCUUCACCUACCCUCUCGAGGUCGUCCGAGUGCGGUUAGCUUUCGAAACCAAACGCGACUCGCGUUCUUCUUUUACACGAAUCUGCCGGCAGAUAUAUCACGAACAUCCUCCUGAGGUAGAGAACGUAGCGAGCCGUGGUCCCGUCGCAGCGGCAUCCAAUGUCGCACAGCACGCUGUGCCCAGGUCCGGCCUAGCCAACUUUUACAGAGGUUUCUCGCCGACGAUGUUGGGCAUGUUGCCGUACGCCGGAAUGUCAUUUUUGACGCACGACACUAUAGGAGAUAUCUUUAGACACCCUACUCUAGCACCCUAUACCAUCCUUCGGUCGACCGCGACUGCUGCCGCUCCGCCAGCUGAAUCUAAUACCAAGGUCUACAAACGAAGUCAACUGAAUGCACCUGCGGAGCUAACCUCAGGUGCCCUGGCUGGCUUGGUGUCCCAGACCGCCUCCUAUCCGCUCGAAGUCAUCCGACGUCGAAUGCAGGUCGGCGGCGCCGUCGGUGAUGGUCAUAGGUUGACUAUAGCCGAAACAGCGCGACGGAUAUGGCUUGAAAGGGGAUGGAGGGGCUUUUUUGUGGGCCUCACAAUUGGCUAUGUCAAGGUUGUGCCCAUGGUUGCGACGAGCUUCUACGUAUACGAGCGAAGCAAGUGGUUGCUGGGAAUUGGAUGA